AUGCACUCCCCGAAUACCAACCAGCUCACAAUCGAUGGCCAUGUAUUAACGAUCCCAACAGACCCCGUCGAAAGCGUUCGCUUCAUCCGGGCCAAGACACUCGCCUCGUAUCGUUCGGUCGUCGCUGGUGCCUCAACCGCGCGUGAUCAAGCUCUCGUGUUUGGCGCUGCUAUUUCUGAGAGCACGGAUGGACGCAGAGAAGCUACAGUUGGCCCACCCGUCCAUGAAGGCGGUGCAUUUACAACUAGCCAUGGCAGUAACCACGCGCCACCCCGCCCCACAACCCCCUCCCCCCACCGCGGCCCUGCCACCCUCGGUAAAUGGAUCCGCCGCAGAACCUGGCAAACCGGCGACGGCUUCAUCGGCGACUUCCAAAACCCCCUCGAUGUGCGCACCAAGACCCACAUGUCCGCGAACUGGGCCAAGGGGCGCUACAUCGAUGGGGCCAUCUCCUUCCGCGGGGUGUUUGCGAAGACGCAGGUGAUGGAGAGGAAGUGUGGUGCCUGCGAGCAGGAGGGAGAGAGGGCGGGGGACUGUACGGUUCUUGUGGAUGGCGGGAAGGAGGAUGCGUAUGUGGUGCCAACGAGGAGGUGUGGGCGCUGUGUGGCGAGGGAUAGGGGUUGUAAGUGGGGGUUGGCGGAGUGA